AUGUCUCUCCCCGGAGACUCCUCCGACACCCUAAUAACACCCCCUUCACCAAUUCACCCCAAACCUCAAAUGGAGCACGACCAUGAACUCACCAUCAUCGAGUCUGAGCCCCCAAAACUUCUCCGGGAAGCCAGCGAUAUCACUUGGCAGGAAUCUCUCGAAAUUCAAGAUGCAGUAACUCUCGUCCGUCGUCGACGCGGCCGCUUCAGGCUUUUGCACCAGCAGCAGUUCCGAAAUAGUCUCCUCGCUAGCGUGGGAUAUCUUGAACUCGCCAACGCGGGUGACUUCGCUGCGAAUGUGUGGAAUGACAUCCCCGUGCCGACCUUCGCUGCCGUGCUUAUGGGUAUUGGGGGGACGUUGGCGCUAGGCAUGACCUUUGUCGCGGUUCAAGACUACAGACUUAGCCGGAGGAAUGUCCGACUAUUGCAGGAUGAGAAAGAGCAUCUGCAAAGGCUUCGGCAGUACCAUGUGAAGAAUCCCGAGUUGGUUCGAGUACUCGAUAGUCGGCUUGGGGUGGGGAUGCGUGAGAUUGGGACUGAGGUUGUUGAUCGCAUUUUCAUGGAUAUUCUGCUUGGCGCAGGGUCGAUCCUUGUUGGAGUUGGGACAUUGAUGGCGAUUGGGGGUGCGAAUCGCCGAGUGUAUGAGGCGAGUAACUUGCUCUCCGGGUAUAUUGGAAAUGGUUUAGCUGCAGCGUUCGGUCUUGUGAAUGCGGUGUGGUCGUAUUAUCUCAUUCAAAGAUUCAGACAUCAUGAUGCUGCGGUGCGGAAGAGUGAGCCGAGUGGUGAUAUUCGUCGACGACUACAUGCUCGGUUUCGUCGGUUCCAGUGGCAUGCUGUGAUCAAUGGAGUCAACGGGUUGAUCGCGGGCGCUGCGUCAAUGGUCACUGCAACGCGGUGGUGGGGAUAUGUCGUGCUGAUUCCCUGCAUUAUCUCGCUCAUUAUGUGCAACUAUUUCUGGCGCAAGAAGAUCGGCUACGACCGUCCCGUCUUAGGGCAUGUUUCUCUCGCAAGAAUGCAGUUAACGCCGCUAAUCGAAGAUCUCGAGUACGCGAUCGCCAUGCAACGCGGUCUGUCAGGGCCUGAGAUCUCACUUCCUCAAACCAUCCUACGACCCUCUUCCUACGAGUCCAUCCUACAGUUCAUCGUGCAAAAUCGCAUGCUGGAAAUCUACGCUGAUUCCCUAGCCCACGACAAGAAGACCCGUUCCAUUCUCCUCGAGAUUUCGACCUCCAUCUCAAACCAAAUUAUAAUAACCCACGACAUCCUCCUUCGACUUUCCGUCAAGCACACAAAUACACAGAUCCUUUUAGAUCACGCCAGCCGCUUCCUCCGCACCGAUGGUGUUCGCAUCUUUACACAUCGCGAGCGGCACCUGUUGGAAUUACUGGGCUACGCCAUCUGGCAGGAUCAGACGGUUGCCACUCAGACGCAGGGAACUACAAUAGAGAUGAAGUAA